AAAUUAGCUAGCUAGUUAUCAGCCAUGGCAAAGACCAAGAGGAUUUUCACCCUUCUGUUAAGGCUCUUAGCCUUGGCUGCAACACUUGCGGCCGCCAUUAUCAUGGCGACGAGUAAUCAAACUACUACCAUCUACGGUAUAUCGUUCGAAGCUAAAUAUAGCUUUACCCCGGCUUUCAAGUUUUUCGUGAUUGCGAAUGCAAUUGUUAGCAUUUACGGGUUUCUAGUUCUUUUCCUUCCUUCGGAGAGUUUGCUUUGGCGAUUGGUUGUAGCCGUUGAUGUGAUUAUAACAAUGCUGCUCACUUCAAGCAUUUCAGCAGCUUUAGCAAUUGCAUAUGUGGGUAAGAAAGGGAAUAGCCAUGCCGGUUGGUUGCCUAUCUGUGGCCAAGUUUCUCAGUACUGCGACCGAGUCACCGGAGCUCUUAUUGCCGGGUUCAUUGGAACAAUCAUUUACUUGCUGCUUCUUCUUCACUCCAUCCACACUGUCCUUGAUCCACUUCUUGUUAAUAAAUGAGAGAUUAGAUAUAUAUAGAUCAUUAGUCAAUUGGAGUCCUUCUCUUCUUUAUCUACUUUUAGUUGAUGGAAUGUACUUUCAGUAGUAACCUCUCUUACAA